AUGGGUGGAAUCUCACCUUCGAAUUCCAUAUCGGGAGAAGUAUUUUAUCUGGAUCUUUCAUCACCGCCUGAUAUUGACAACCUGUCAUUUAUAGACCUUACUAAUACUUCGCCAAUGUUAUAUGGAAUUAGUAAAGGUGCAGCAUUGGCUAGUGGAAUCGGUAAAUCUUAUAUAAUCCUUAUUGGUGGAACGCAGCAGGAUAUAAAUAUGCCACAACAGAAUAUUACAGAUCAAUUCGUUUUCGUUUAUAAUGUGCAUUCACAAAAUUGGGAAAUAGUUCAAGGGGCUCAACCAACUAGACGGAGCUCAAUCUCAACAGUUAUAGAUCAAUUUGCAUCAGAUACGAAUAUUUUAUACAAUGAACUUUAUAGUUUUGAUACGAGCACCCUAUUGUGGGGGAAUUUAAGUGGUGCGACCAAUGCUCCUAUGCCUAGAAGCCAUGCCACCGCAACAUUGCUUCCAGAUGGAAAGAUUAUUUACAUCGGGGGCGUCAUUCAGCAAUCUUUCGAAAACCAAACAACCUUACAAAAUAUGCUGCAAAUCUUUAUAUAUGAUACACAAUUUUUAGGCUGGUCCGCAAUAAAAGCAAAUGCGUCAUUCGUCGUUCAACCCCGAAUGGGUCACACUGCAGUCUUAACAUCAGAUAAUAAAUCGAUUAUUUUAUUAGGAGGAAUUUCAACUUUACAUGAUGAAAUAAACCAAAUUGCCGCUGAUCCGAAUUUUCUUGUGCUAAAAAUUGAGUCAGGAACAUAUGAAUAUUUAGCACCUCAACUUUCUGGAAAUCAACCUCCUAAAUUAUCUUAUCAUACCGCUAAUCUAUAUGUGAAUCAUAUGAUUGUUACUUUUGGUAAUUAUUCUAUUCAUUAA